AUGACAACUACAGCCGACACUACAACCACAGAUGACACCACAACCACAGCCUACACCACAACCACAGAUGACACCACAACCACAGCCUACACCACAACCACAGCCGACACCACAACCACAGCCUACACCACAACCACAGCCUACACCACAACCACAGCCUACACCACACCCACAGCCGACACCACAACCACAGCCUACACCACAACCACAGCCGACACCACAACCACAGCCUACACCACAACCACAGCCGACACCACAACCACAGCCUACACCACAACCACAGCCGACACCACAACCACAGCCUACACCACAACACAGCCGACACCACAACCACAGCCGACACCACAACCACAGCCUACACCACAACCACAGCCGACACCACAACCACAGCUGACACCACAACCACAGCCUACACCACAACCACAGCUGACACCACAACCACAGCCUACACCACAACCACAGCUGACACCACAACCACAGCCUACCCAACCAACCAAGCCGACACCACAACCACAGUCUACACCACAACCACAGCCGACACCACAACCACAGCCGACACAACCACAGCCGACACCACAACCACAGCCUACACCACAACCACAGCCUACACCACAACCACAGCCGACACCACAACCACAGCCUACACCACAACCACAGCCGACACCACAACCACAGCCGACACCACAACCACAGCCGACACCACAACCACAGCCUACACCACAACCACAGCCGACACCACAACCACAGCUGACACCACAACCACAGCCUACACCACAACCACAGCUGACACCACAACCACAGCCUACACCACAACCACAGCCUACACCACAACCACAGCUGACACCACCAUCACCACUUUAA